AGAGGAAGGUGAUUUACCACAAUGCUCACACCACUGGCAACUUUGAUUCUUCUUAUUUCAGUGUCUCUGUCUCAAACUGCUGAGGUUCCUCCCCAGAUCUCCUUGAUGGUGGUUGGAAUUGGUCAAAAUGCAACUUUACGAUGUCAGGUUUCAGAGAAGGAAGGCAAAUUCUUCCAUUGGUACAAACAAACUCAUGGAUACCUGAUUCAAACAGUCGCCACAGGAACUUUUUCCAUGCAAUCGCUCCAGGGGCAAUUUAGGAACUCGCGUUUCAGCGUGACAGAGGGGAUGUCCCAUUAUUCUCUGACCAUCGCAAAUGUGGCGAAGGAGGAUGAAGCAACAUACUUCUGUCAAAAUGGAACGGCGUACUCACAGACCUUUGUGAAUGGCAUCUUCCUGGCUGUGAACGAUCAGAAUCCGCCGAAAUCUGUUAUUGUGAAACAAAGUCCAGAGACAGCGUCAGUCAGACCAGGAGCCUCAGUGAUCUUCCAGUGUUCACUUCUCUUCAACCACAAAGAAAACCUGGUCCCGUGUCCAGGUGAACACAGUGUGCACUGGUUCAGAGCCGGAUCAGGACGCUCCCUUCCCGACUUCAUUUACACUCAGAGCAAAAGUAAUGAUGAACAAAAGGAGAAGAGCUGCGUCUACAGUCUGUCCAAAACUAUACACAACUCCUCAGAUGCUGGGACUUACUACUGCGCUGUGGUCACAUGUGGAGAGAUCCUGUUUGGUGAAGGAACCAAAGUGGAGACAACACAAGAGCAGGGCCUACUGGUAAUUGCACUGGGGGUGCUGUUGGCUCUGUGCGUGAUUGUGAUUGCCAUCCUCGUUUGUCUCCCUCGAUCAUGAGAGAAGCCUGCUGGACAUGUCACUGCAGUUUGGAACAAUCAUUGGUGAAUAAUAAUCAUGCUUCCAACGUUUGUGCAUUAUUCAGUUUUGACUUAUUCACACACCUUGUAAACUGGUUCCACUGACCUCAAGCCUCGGAUCAAAAGCCAGAUCAUUAAUGAAGAUUGAGUUAUUCAGUUUGGUCAGUCCUCAAGUGCCGUCUUAAUCCAUUCUCUGUCGUGCUUUUUAGUAUCUUGUCCACUUAGUUACAUAUAACAUAAAGAUAUCAUUUAUCUACUAAAUUGCCAUUGAUGAGUAGAAUGUGGUUAUAUUUUCAAGUAUUUGGGGAUAAUUAUACCAACAUUUCAAAAGAGGGACCUACACUGAAACAUACACACUUCCAGAAAAGCGUGUUCCAGCCUCAAUGUCUG